AUGGCUCGGACUGUUAUUGUUAAUUUACCUAUACGUAUCACUGUUAUCAUCGAAGGUCUACUUGGUACAAUAUUCAACAGUGCAGCAAUUAUUAUUGUUUUCAAAACUCAAUUUGGCUCUAAAUUAACAACAUGUAUGCUGAGAGCACAACCAAUAUUUGAUUUCUGUGCUUGUUUUUUUACAGCUAUUUAUUAUAUUAUUCAAUCUACGGAUUAUUAUAAUAAACUGACAGGAUUAUACAUAAUUGACUUAGUAAUAUGUCAUACAUGGUUUAGAAAUGCAAACUUUUGGUUAUCAUGUACAUUUAGUGUGCAAAACCUAGUUUGUAUAUCAGUGGAUCGAGUGAGUUCUGUUAUAUUCCCUAGACUAUAUAGAACGCAUUCAUGUCAAUUUACUGUUACGUAUUAUACUUACAUGAUUCUCAUGUCGUUAUUUUUAUACAUGCCAGCACCUGUACUUCGUCGUUAUGUUAAUGAUCAUUGUGAAAUGGAUUUUUCAUUCCCUUGGAUUGCAGCUAGUGUAUUUCUUGAUUUUAUGGUAUAUUCAUGGAUUAUAUUCGCUUAUUUUAUACCAGUUUUAGUGAUGUUAAUUAGUCAUGUAUGGGUAAUAAACAUUAUUAGAAAGACUCACUCAUCUCGUCAUAGUCGUAUAUCACAGAAUACCCAGUCAACAUUACACAUUAAACGUAAAAUAAGUCAGUUAGUUAUAACAACAGCAAUUUUAUCAGGUCAACUAGCUUUACUACAUGCAUUCGAGUCUAUACGUCAAAUAUUAAUUGCAAAUAAAGUUAUCGCUUAUAGUUAUAGAUCGAUAACUGGACAUUUAGGUCCUAUGUUAAUAUUAUUAGGUUGUGUUUUAAAUCCAUGCGUACUUAUACUUACUACAGCUACCUUAAGAAGACGUUUAUCAAUAUCGUUAAAAAUUAUCACUGAAAGGAUGAGUGUCUCUGGAAAUAAUAGUAUAAAACAUAUUGA